AUGGCCGAGCGGUGCCAACUACCUCAAGUCCCAAUCGGAACCUUGACACCGAAGGCGGGACAAGACGGCGGGUCCCAUGCGACGCGACGUGUCCCUCUCCAUGCUGCUUUGCGUCUGCUAGCUGCUUCUGCUUCAUGCAUUGACCCGGAUGCGCCGUUGCUACACCGAGUGCAUGUCGACGAGUUCGCAGUGCUCACCGCCCGCCACGCCCAAGACGAACGAGCGCUCACGCAGCUGCAUGAAAGCGAAGAUACGACGUACCAGGCCGUGCUGAAAGAGGCUGCGAACGUCGAUGCGGACGUGGCCGACACGGCGUGCCCGACCUACUAUGUGGCGCUGUACCUCAAGCACAAGCAAGAGCAGCGUGCACUGCGCAAGUUCCAGCUGGCCGUGCACGCGCAACUCGCCGCCGAGAUGCCAGCGGCUAUGACGCGCACGUGA